AUCCAGCCACCUGUGUCACACAGGUUAUUGAAUAUUUUUUUGGACUUUUUGACAUUUGACACACGAACCUGCAAUUUCCCGUCCCUGGAGUCUGAACGCUCCUUCACCGCGUUGCGGUGAGCCAUCGUGAAUAGGCAGCGACGUUAGAUCGGCACUUGUCCCAAUCGACUUGCCUAUUUGAGGUGUCCUGCCGGCAUGGCAAUGACUCUUCUGCUGUUUGGGCUUUUGAUCGAGACGAGUGCUUAGAAAUGCAGAGGUUCUGAAUGGGGCUUGUGAAGUUGUGUCUUAAGAACAUCAACCCCAACUUGUGAGAGCUUGUCUGUCUCAUUCUGCCUCCUCGAGCACACUGGAGGCAACUCUACCAAAUCAUUGGCGUCAUUGGGUUAUCAGCAAGAAGUUUCGCCGCACCAUUCUCUCGUCGUAAACCCAGCCUUGCAUCAGAGACGGGAAGCCAACAUUUGUCGUCAUGACGUCCCAAGAUUUCACUGUGGAUGACGCCCUCAUCACCCAAGUGACGGCCUACGUCGAGCGCUACAUGUCCAACUACGACGCCUCCCACGACUUCAACCACAUCCAGCGCGUGCUCCGCCUCUCCCAGCACAUCCAAAUUCACACUCCCAACACCAGCCGGCCCCUCGUCACCCUCGUCGCGCUCCUCCACGACGUAGGCGACAAGAAGUACGUGAAGCCCGGCGAAGACGCCUCCCGCAUGGUGUACACGUACCUCCGCUCCCUUGACGUGUCCGAAUCCCUCGCCGAGGCCGUCCAGACCAUCUGCCUGGGCGUCAGCUACUCGUCCGAGAUCAAGGACCCCGCGCGCGUGCUCGCGCUCAUCGACAAGCACCCAGAGCUGGCCGUCGUGCAGGAUGCGGACCGGCUGGAUGCCAUUGGUGCCGUGGGCAUCGCCAGGACGUUUGCGUUUGGCGGCGCCAAGAGCCGGACUCUGGAGAACACCAUGGACCACUUUGACGAGAAGCUGCUGCUUCUCGAGGGAAUGAUGAAGACGGAGGAGGGACGACGGCUGGCCAAGGAGCGGACGGAGCGGCUGCGCUUGAUGAAGCAGUGGUGGGAGGCGGAGACGGGUGAGCACGUUGUGUGAGGAAGUACCAGCUAUAAAGACGGACGUUGGAAGACUAGAGGAAACAGAAAGCUACAAAAUAUAGAAGAUAAAUGACAUAGGUUCAGAUGGACAAAAAUUUACUGUUUAGACCACUCCGUCAGCGUGGCG